ACCCAUCUGGACAUGAACGGCAAGCUUGCUCUGUUCAACUUUGAAUUGGUAUUUACAGCUGUUGUAUAAAUAGUUACAUAACCUAGAGUAGUUCAACAGUAAAAAUAUAUUUAUUGUAAUAUGAUGCUUUUGUUUUUAUCUGAUGUAGGCUACACCACACACCUAUAGUAGGCCUAUAGCUUAAUUUGUGUCUCCGAACUAGUCCCACUUGCUGAUAGAGGGCGUAAAUACCCUGGGCUGUAUCUCUUAAAUGAAUGAAGCUAAAUACUUCAGAUUGCCGUUGAAAGAAAAACACGCUUUAAGAAGUCUGUUGCCUCACUUGAAGUGGAUGGUGUCCAGAGACGGGACGCUGUAGCUUACUGCCGGCACGCAGGUUGUGUUGUAACUGUAAGCCGAUUACUGAUACUGUCAAAGUAGCCUGCGCUGGUUGAUGUCCUGUUCGCUUGAUCAAGACGUGUCUCACCGAGGUUUUUUAAUUGUUUUUUUUAAUUAUUAUUAACUUGAGCAAAAUGCCACUUUUUAUUAACCGGGAUCAGAUAUUUGCACACCAGGUGCACCUGUUGGAGCAUAAGCUUAGGAGUAAAGAGGAGCGAAUCUUGGAGCUGGAGACCGAGAAUGCUCUUCUGCACCUGAGGUUGGCAGAGUGUCUGGGUCGCCUGCGUUGGGUCCAUGAGGGUCAACGUGAGACCCAGAGGCAGAGCCAGCUCCAGAGGACUGUCCAGAAGAGCGUCCACCUCGCCCUGGGCAAACUGCUGUCCCAAGUGCAGGUGCUCAAGCAGGAUCUGAGGGAGGUGUUUGGCGUGUACCGGAGCUUCGCCCAGGAGCUGGAGGCUCAGAGCGGGGAGCUGCUGGACAGGAUGGCCGUCAUCACCUCCAUGGUCCAGGGACAACAUGGCCACCACAUGCAGAAGAUGCAAGUGCAGGCGAGUGCUCUGGAGCGCUCUCUAGAGGAGGAGAAGGAGCGCUGCAGGACAGAGCGCCAGCGCAGGAGGCUGCUGCACAAUGCUUUGGUGGUGAGUGCUGCUUCGGCCUUGACCUUUCACCUCUGGCCCUUGGACAGCGGUUGCCAUGGCGAUGUGUGA